AUGAAAGACUACUGGACGGAAACCGACCACAGUCACGGUCACCACCAUGUGGCAGCCAAGCACGUCGAGGUUGAUUCUCACCACCAGGAGGGCGAAGGCGGCGGCCUGCCGCUGUGGGCAGCGAAGCUUCUCUCGGCGCUCCUGCUCGCGACGGUUUCCGCCUGCUGCUUCCUGCUCCCCGUCUACAUCGCCCGCCAGGCUCGGAAACACGCGCGGAAAGGCCGCACCGACAGCCGCUGUCGCCUCUUCCAGACUCUCCUCUCCGUCGUCAACUGCUUCGCUGCGGGCGCCUUUCUGGGUCUCGCCGUGAUUCACGUGCUUCCCGAAGCCGUGAGCCAGCUGAAUCAGGACGGAUUCCUCCUCGUUCUGCCAGGGAGCGGCGUAGACCACCAGCACACGUACAACAUCGCGUACGUCCUCGCGGCUGUCGGGUUCACAGCGAUGCUCGGCCUCGAGCUGCUUCUCGCUGGCGGUCACGCACACUGCCACCACGACUCGCUGGACUCGAUCGCCACGGGCCCUGGCGGCGGCGUCUUUCUGGCGGCGCCGGACAGCGCGCGCGGCCGACCGUCUCCGUCGCCCUCGCCGCGGUCUCUCCCGCACUCGUCGCACCACCACGCCCAGCACCACAUUCUGUGCACAGCGGCGAACUACUGUCCCGACUGCGACGACUGCCUCGAGGCUGUGACGACAGUGAACGGCGUGUCUGGCGAACGCGACAUGCAAGGAGACGCGGGCGGCGCGGGGAGCGUCGAGCUGCGUCUGGUUGCGCGUCGUCCGACGGCUCCCUCUGCCCUCGAAGAGUGCGCCUCGUGUGCGCCGGCUGCGCGCGAUAGUCUUGCUCUGCCUGGCGGACAGCGCGGAGACGCGGGUAGCUGUCCCUCCAAGGUCGCCUGCUUGCACAGUCUCGAGUGCCGCAGGAGCGAGACCAGCGACGGAGCUGCGCAGAGGCUCGCGACCCCGAGCACCUUUGUCAAAUGCCACGACGAUGAGGCCUCCGACAUCGCCGUCCACGUCUCGGCGACUUCGCCGUCUUCCUCCAACGCCUCUGGGCAAAGACGCGAAUCUCUCGGAUUCGCGACCCACGCGACCAGACAGACGAGCGGAUGCGCCGGGAAACAAACGCCAGGGUGCUGCAGCAAAGACGCGGGAAAUGCAGUCGAACAUGCUGCCUGCGGACGCCCAGACACCUGCUGUGGAGCACGCACCGGCUGCGAUGACGGAUGUGGAACGCAUUCUCACUGCCCGGAUUCGGACUCUCGCGUCCACUCUGGAUCGAUCGGCGCCAACGUGCAGGGUGGUGACCACCUAGGAGGCCGGCACGCAAGUGGCGUGCGAGGCGUUAGCGAGCACGGCGAGUGUGCCGGCGGGCCCCGAAAGAAAACACUGUCGAACGCCGCGCUUCCGAGCGUCGGCGGAUGUCAGAAGCAUGAGUCAUGCAACUACUACGGGAAACGCGAGCAUUCAGUUCCUCCUCUCCACAUCCAGGCAGCUGCAGCGGGGUCCGGUCUUCACGGAGAGAGCAAGGGUUGUGAGCGGCUCUGCCACGGCCGAACCGACUCGGGGCAUAUUUUGCACCGACACCACGGUGGCAGGGAACGCAGUCGAGUCUCAGGACUCGGAGGACACGCUGGCCAAAAACUGAAGGGCUUUCUGCGGUGUUUCAAGGGACUUGACGGCGCCAAAAUCUCCCUCGCGGUCUCCCUGGGAGUCCACGCCAUUUUUGAAGGUAUCAUUCUCGGUACAACUCAGGAAAGCGAAAACGUGUGGAUUGCUACGCUGGCGAUCCUCGGGCACAAGGGCGCAGAGGCAGUUGCAGUCGCGACAACUCUGCUGAAACUCAACAUGGGCAAGAUUCCUUUUAUCCUGAUGUUGGCGGGCUUUGCUCUGGCGUCCCCUGUUGGCAUCUUUAUUGGGGUUUUCGCGGCGGUUGGCGGAUCAGGCGUUUCGGGCGUCUUCAACGCGCUGGCUGUUGGCGCCAUUCUCUAUGCGACGAAUGAGAUGCUCUCAGAGUUUACCGGAAGAUGCUCGCGCAAGAGACGCUUUGUAAAGUUUUUGGCAUUUCUUGUCGGACUUGGGCUUUUAUUUGGGUUAGACCUCAUUCACGCGCCGUUCUGCCAUCACCACAACCACAGCCACGGAUACCACGCUCACGAGGGGGAGCAUGACCACGCACACCACCACCACUGA